UCAGCCAGGCUCGGUGCUGGCCACUGGCAGGCACUGCUCUAAGAUGGCCUCCCAGCCACCGCGCCCUACCAGCUCCCCAAAAUACUCGGACAAGGGUGAGAUGGCAAGCUCCCUAAAAUACCUGAACAAGCGGACAAGCUCCCUAAAAUACGGGGGCAAGGAUGGGAAGACAGCGCCCCAGCAAAGAAGUGUGCAGCCGCCCCUGGAGGGCGCACUGGGACGCAGAAAGCUGCCUUGGGUGACCUUGAUCAGGGCUGUUGGCCGCUUCCAGAAGCUGAUCUCGGAGGUUCGGCAGAGUCAAACGCUGUCCUCCUUGAACCCCCUGGCCAUGGAACUGAACGUGCCCCAGAAGCAACCAGUUCCUGAAAAGAAGUUCUGGGGCGACCAGGAGCCCCUCUCCAAGAUUCCAUUUCAAAUUCUGACUGGACACCAGCAACUUGUGAGUUCUUGUCACUUCUGUGUGAAUGACACAAAGCUCCUCAGUGGCUCCUUUGACUACACCGUGAAGCUGUGGGAUGCUAUGGAUGGAUCUGUUAUCCGGGAUUUUGACGAAGGGCCCAAGGCUCCUGUUUUGGAGUGCAGUGUCACGGCUGACAGCAGAAGACCCUGUGCUUGUCAUGAUUCCAGAGUUACUGCGGCGGCCUACGACAAAACGCUGAGGACCUGGGACCUUGAAACAGGCAAGCUGCUGUGGAAGAUCAGGCAUGAAGGCUUCAUCACCUCCUGUAACUUUUCUCCUGACGGUAAAUAUGUGGUCUCGGGCUUGGAUGUGGAUCACGGAAUCUGUAUAACAGACGCAAGAAACGCCAUGACUGUGGCACACAUCAAAGAUCAUCACAAAAGAUCAGUCACAGGCUGCUGCUUCGACCCUGAUAGCCAGAAGGUGGCUUCCGUCUCAUUGGACAAGAGUGUCAAGAUCUGGGAUAUUACAUCCCAGGCCACCCUGCUCACCAUCAACACGGAACAUGACAAUGCAGUAUCAAGCUGCUGUUUUACCUCCAGCGGCCAUUUCCUGUGUACAAGUUCUUGGGAUAAAACCUUAAAAAUAUGGAACGUCCAUACAGGGGAGUUUCGAAACCAGGGAGCCUGUGCAACUCUGAUGCAUGGCCACGAAGGUUCUGUGAGUUCCUGCCAGUUUGCCAGAGACACAUCUUUUCUCGUGUCUGGAGGGUUCGACAAGACUGUGGCUAUUUGGGAUGUCGGAGAAGGCUACCUGAAGCACUCCUUGAAGGGCCAUAAUGACUGGGUGAUGGAUGUUGCCAUUAGCAACAACAAGAAAUGGAUCCUGUCUGCUUCAAAGGAUAGGACCAUGAGACUAUGGAAUAUUGAAGAAAUUGACCAAAUUCCUUUGGUAAUCAAGUGCAAAGAGGCCCGGGGCUUAAAGGUGAACCAGUGUGAAGCAUGUGAAAGGCCUUUCUCCACCUACGACAGUGACGUCUUUUCUGAAAUAGUCACCAAAUGUGUGUUCUGCCGGAUGGAUGCAAGUUUGUCAGCACAGGCCUCGUCGUCAGAAAGGAAGGGCUCACCCGCAAGGGAGUGCAGCUUGGGCAAGGAUAACUGAUGGCCACUGGGUCCUUUGAGUGACUUGAGCACAGGCCAGCUCUGACGUCGGUCU